CUCACAAUGAGCCGCAUGCCAUCACCCUCAGAGCGGCAGAGGGAGCUCACAGAGACCGUGUCCGCUGUGUGUCAGAAAGUUUAUUCAAUCUCACCGCUCCAUCAGACUGGGACAAAUCUACAUUUUCAUGAUUGGACUUUAAUUACGGGCUAUUCAUGCUUCCGUCGUAUCCAUAAUAUUUCCCCAAGACCCCUCAGUUGAUUGUUUUUGGGGAUUUUCUUGAGCAGAACAGAAACAGGGCUCGGUUUCGUGUGCCUGUGGAAACCCGGAGCGAUCGAAGAAAGUUUCUCCCUGUCUCACGAAAGGAAUGAUUGCAAUUUAGAGAGGAAAAUCCGCGUGAUUUAACGACAAACAUGGAUCUUGACACACAGCCCGGGAUAAAUCAGUUGACACCCUCAGAACCACAUCCCUCAGCUGUUCCAGAGACCAAUCCCAGAGAUCCCAGCUCAGAGGAAGUCAACACACCUUCAAAAACAGAAUCAGGCCUUGAAGCUAGCAUGCCCACAAAGAUGGACUCUGCAAAGAGAUCAACUACCCCGAAACAGCUGGACGUCAUUCCAAAGUCCCCUGCAACACCAACUCCGAGAUCGAGUGGUAGCCCUCAACACAAGAAAGAUGGAAUGAAGUUGGAUGAGCGGCAGAAACAGGCGAAGGAGAGGAGGGAGGAGAGGGCCAAAUAUCUCGAACAGCGUAGCCAGACUCAAGCUGCUAAAAAGUCUCAGUGGCUGGAGAAGGAGGAACGGGCACGGCAGGUGCGGGAACAGCAGCUGGAGGAGCGGAGGAGGAAGCUGGAAGAGCAGCGGCUGAAAGCAGAGAGGCGCCGCACAGAGCUGGAGGAGAGACAGAGACAGAAACUUGAGAAGAACAAGGAGCGGUAUGAGGCGGCCAUCCAGAGGUCUGUUAAGAAGACAUGGGCAGAGAUUCGGCAGCAGAGAUGGUCCUGGGCCGGAGGAUUGAGCGGUAACUCCAGCCAAAGCCAGAGCAGAUGCUCAAUAUCAGCGGUCAACCUGCCCAAACAUGUGGAUUCAGUCGUAAACAAGCGGCUCUCCAAAUCUUCUGCCACUCUCUGGAUGUCCCCAAGCAGAACUCGUAGUAUGCAGCUGAGUCCCUGGGAGAGCAGCAUUGUGGACCGGCUGAUGACGCCCACUCUCUCUUUCUUGGCUCGUAGUCGCAGUGCUGCCAGCGUGCUGAACAACUCCAGAGAUGGCCAGUCUCCGUUGUGUCCGCGCUCAGCGUCUGCCAGUCCUCUUUCAUCGUGUGCUCACCGGCCACAUCACCGCUGCUCUGAGCGCUGGAGGGUCACCACCAGCACGCCCGAUAUCGCCCAGCGGAGACGAGACUCCACACCUAUGAGGAAGGAUAAGAAAGAAAAGGAGAGAGAAAAUGAAAAGGAGAAGAGUACUAUCACCAAAGAGAAGGUGCUGAAGAAGAGACAGUCCAUGCCUUCAAUGAAAACCAGGAUAGAGUCCAGUCCGAGUCCAGUCUCCAAACUGAGAACUGCAUCUCCUGUGACGCCUAAAGGCCGUGCGUCCUCCCCUAGUCCUGCAGUAUCUCCCAAACCUCCCUCAGCUCGAGCGAGUCCAAGCACUCCUAAAGCCAGACCCAAGAGGGCCAGGACCCCUGCCCGCGUGGAGACUCGCACUGCCUCGCCUGUCACUAUAGAGAGGGUCAAAGAGACCCGCAGGCCUGCAACGCCUGAAGAACCGAAGACCUCGUCUCCUGUCCCCGCCAUUGUCCUGUCAUCUGUUCCGGAAGCGCCUCCUGUUACAAGUGCACCAGUCUUGACAGUUUCUACGCCCUCUGUCCCCGAGGAGUCCUCUGUUGUCCCUGCUCUCCCACAGGUGGCUUCUCCAGCUCCUUCUCCUGGCAAACCCAUGGCUGGCACCAAUAACCCAGAGGAAGCCACCCGCAUCCUGGCCGAAAAAAGACGACAGGCCCGUGAACAGAGAGAGAAGGAAGAGCAAGAACGUAGAGAACAGCAGGAGAGAGAAAGGCUUCAGCGUGAGGAGAGGCUAGCACAGGAGGCGGAGGAGAGGAUGCGCAGGGAGGAGGAAGCUCGGCUCAUGGCGGAGCAGGAGAGGUUAAGAGAGGAGGCCCAACGCCUGCAAGACGAGAAGGAGGCACAGGAAAGAGCCAAAAUCGAACAAGAAGAGAACGAACGCCUCCAGAAACAGAAGGAGGAGGCUGAAGCAAAGGCCCGAGAGGAUGCCGAGAAACAGCGACUGGAGAGAGAGAAACACUUCCAGAAGGAGGAGCAGGAGAGGCUGGAAAGAAAGAAGCGUCUGGAGGAGAUUAUGAAAAGAACACGCAAAACAGAUGCAGCAGACAAGAAAGACACAAAAUCUCCAUCUCAAGUCAAUGGAAAAGCCUCAGAUUCUGAGAUGAAUAAAGCAGCUGCUGACUACCAGCCAAGCACGGCUUUGAAACAAGAUGGUGUGAAUGAAAGUCUGUCCGUUCUUGUGGUGAAUGGCGUUCAGCCUUCCAAACACGAGAAUGGCCUGUCAGCAAAAGGGGAGGCGUCUCCCUUCGAAGAGAUCAUUCAGCUGUCCAAUCACAACAACGGACGGGAGAAAUCCGAGAUUGACAGACCCGACGAGCCAAUCAUGGCCUUUGAGAGCGGAGAAUCAUUCCUUAAGAAAACAGGGCCCAUUAAGCCUCAGCAUGUGACAGAGGUCCUCUGAGGUCGUAAACUGAUGGACGAAGCCUUAAAUCUGCGAGUCCCUCGACACAAUCUGCCCGAGGGACCCGGUGGAAAGAAGCACAGCAUGCAAGAGACCUGUGCCAAACCCAAAAACUGUCUUCUGUUUAGACUGUACAGAGCAACCCCCCAUUAGAGCCUCUGAUGGAAAUUACAAGGAAGCUACACAACAAUCAAUCUGAGCUAGACGCCAACGUACACCAGAGUCACCAUUCAUCAAGACCCUGACCUCACACACUCACACGCUUUGGCAGAGCAAUUCAUUCCUCUUUCCGAUCGCCACAGUACAAUGUUAGGUUUUUUAGGUUUGUUUUUGUUUUUAUAAAAGGCUUGUGACAAACAAUAAUCCUUGUUGUUAAUCAUGCUAUUAUGGGAUGAACGCAGAAGUGCUUUGGGUGUUUUAUUUUUUCAAUGUUUAGUUAUUUAACUUGAAGAGAAUUGUAACUACUGGGUACAGUUGUAUGUGAAAAAUGUAAAUUGGAAGAGACGGUCUGUGAAUAAAACCGAAUGAAAGGGA